UCCGUGAGCAAACGUUUGUCUGUUAACGUCAAGUUUCUUCAGCCGACAUUCUGGAGAAAUUGGUAGCAUUUUAAUUUGAAAGUAAACAUUGUUUAGGGGAGUUAUUUUCAGCUUUUGAAAGAUUACGACAAUUUCAAAUUUAGAAAACCUUCGUGUGUUUUGGGUUGUUGUGUUACGGUCUGGUCAGUGAGUCGAAUUGAACUUUUAAAUGAUGGAGGUGGCUAUCAAAUUGUACCAAUUGAAGAAAGAAGUGCGACAUAUUUUGGAAAUUGAAAGUGGCGGGUCCCGCUUGUCCCAAUUCUUUCAGCCACUAGACCCGCAGUUUAUCUGGAAAGCAUUCGGAAGCUGCUUUGGUGUCUAAUUGAACAAUCCGGAACUAAUCAGCUCGAGGUCCAUCGGUGUGACAUUGCUGCCGAAACUGCCUGCAGACACAAUGACCCAACUGCUUGGGGGCGAAAACCUCUGCUCACACCUCCUACACGACCCCACCCUUAAACGCAGCUGCUUUGGCCUGCCUUCUCCUCUGACCUCAAGUCCUGCAUUUCUUUUUCCCAUCAGUAUGCAUUGUAACUGUUUAAUGAACCUAUUACAGUCUUGAAAAGGAAGGAAAGUGAAAUGUUUUAGUGUUCUGUAUCCAACGACUAAAACCGUUUUUUUUCCCUGAAAUGCACAAUACGGAACAGCAGUAUAAGUAGAAAAUUAAGCCUGUGCACACCAGCAUGCCUGUUCUGUGUAACCGUUGUGAAAUCAAGAAAGCACAUCUGAAACGCCCCAAGACUGGACACUCGCUGUGCAAGGAGUGCUUUUUUUGGGUGUUUGAGGAGGAGGUACAUCAUAGCAUUCUCUCUGCCAAGCUGUUUAACAGGGGGGAGACAGUCGGAAUCGGGGCAUCCGGUGGCAAAGAUUCUACUGUCCUGGCUCAUGUCAUGAAGGUUCUCAAUGAGCGGUAUGACUAUGGUUUGAAUUUGAUACUGCUCUCUGUUGACGAAGGCAUAACUGGUUACAGGGACGACUCUUUGGAGACUGUGAAACGCAACCAAAAACAAUAUGAAUUGCCACUGAAAAUUGUUUCUUACGAGGAGCUUUAUGGCUGGACCAUGGACACCAUUGUAAAGCAAGUUGGUUUGAAGAACAACUGCACCUUCUGCGGGGUUUUCCGGAGACAGGCACUGGAUAGGGGAGCCAUGAUGCUUGAAGUGGACAAAAUUUGCACUGGACAUAAUGCUGAUGAUGUUGCAGAAACUGUGCUGAUGAAUUUCCUUCGGGGUGAUAUUGCCAGGCUCCGGCGCUGCACAGCCAUUUCAACAGGCAGUGAGGGGGCCAUACCUCGCUGCAAGCCACUCAAGUACGCCUAUGAGAAAGAGAUUGUCCUGUAUGCAUAUUUUAAGAAACUGGACUACUUCUCCACUGAAUGCAUUUAUUCCCCCAAUGCUUACAGAGGACAUGCUCGCAGCUUUCUAAAAGAUCUCGAGUCCAUCCGCCCAAGCUCGAUCAUCGAUGUGAUCCACUCUGGUGAGAAUCUGUCUGUCAAGGAGGAGGUGCGCAUGCCCAUUCAGAGCAACUGUGCCCGUUGCGGGUACAUUUCCAGCCAGAAACUCUGUAAGGCCUGUGUACUUCUUGAGGGACUAAAUAGAGGCCUUCCAAAACUAGGGAUUGGUAAACACCACAAGCUACAGGAUAAGCUUCUGAAAAGUCAACCCUUGACCGAAGAAGAGGAAAAGAAGUUCAAAAGAAUCAGCUUCUGAUGUUUAGGAUACAAAAGCAUCUCAUUUGUGGGGUGAAGGGGUAGAAAUUGAGUGGCAUUUUUAUCAUUUGCGUGAAAUGAAGAAAUAAAAGGAAAGCUUUUUAAAUA